AUGGAGUGCCUAGGUGUUCCUAUUGACCAUCGACUGCGGCGAGUGAUUCGUGAGGCAAGACGUAUCGACAGCGACAAGGAAAAUUCCGACCAUAUUCAGCUUCUUCAUAGUUUUGGGUCAUCUCUAGAGGUCGACGAGAAUGACUAUCCAAUAUGUGAUCUAAGCUUCGGACUCGAAAUGGCGCGACCGGAAUUGAAGGGUGGUGUUCUUAUUGUACUGGAACGGCUUCAUUUGAAACAGAAGAACUCGAACGGGUUUAUCGAAGGGAAACGCAAUUGUCGAGCCAUUAAUGCAGUGUCGGAUGUUGUUUCUGUUGUAAACAACGCUAAGUUGGGUUUUGACGAUGUCAGCUUAUUUGAUGCAAUACCUUUUCUAGAUGAGACAGUCACGGGAAAAGAUCACCAAAAUAUCAUCGAUGAAGGACAAACUGUUUUCGCCAAUAUGGUUAUGGCCAAAGAACCUGAUAUAAUUCUAUGCUGCUUCAAAACUGAGACUCAAAACCCUCUUGUUCAGAAGCGUCAGAGCCGUGGAGUAGGGCGAAGCUUCUUCCCUGAUAACCCGAAGCUUACCGCAUUUGGUUUUUCGCCUACCCUUGUGAAUGCAUUUCACCCAAGUUACGCUUUUAGCUAUUAUCCAAUAUCCUUUUGCUUCAAGCAGCUCCUGGUUCUAGAGUUUACGAAGGCAGUUGCUCUUUGGAGGCAGAGCUGGACUGAUGGAUGA